AUGGCAGUCGCUCUCCGGCAGGGUGCUAUGCGGCAAUUCUGCCGACAGCCGAUAUCUCGCCACAUCUCCAUACCCACACGGCCAAUCUCUCAGCUGAACAGCCAGUCCGAAGCCUGUGUAUUGUGCCGAUAUCGCGUCCAACCUGCCCAAACACAGCCUUUUUCUACGGCACAGCGUACAAUACUCCGUCGCUAUGCCUCUACAAAGUCCGCCUCUGCAGCAAGCCAGGGCGAACAUGUACCAAUCACCGGCGCUCCCGAUAUAACCAACUACUACACCAUCUUUCCAAAGACCAUCCCCAGGGGCCCACCUCCAAAAUCACCAUUCGAAAUCUCUCUAGCCGAUCUCCGCCGCGAGUUCCUCCAACUUCAGAAUGUGAUCCAUCCAGACAAGUACCCGGCGGGUGCAGAAAAGCGGCACGCCGAAGCCCUCUCAGCGCGCAUCAACGAAGCAUAUCGCACACUCGCCGACCCGCUCCAGCGCGCACAGUAUCUGCUCCGCGAAUGGCACGGCAUCGACGUGACGGCCGAGGACGCAGCCACAAAGCAUGCGCUGGACGCUGAGACGCUGAUGGAGGUUAUGGAGGUGCAGGAGACGAUUGAGGAAGUGGGUGCGUCACCGGAAGCGGAGACAGAUAUAAAUGCUCUGAAGGAGGAAAAUGAAGUGCGGGUUUUGGGUUGUGUUGGGGCUUUGGCGAGGGCUUUUGACGGUGGCGACCUUGAAGGGGCAAGGAGGGAGUGUAUCAGGCUGAGGUUUUGGUACAGUGUCGGUGAGGGACUUAGGGAAUGGGAGCCGGGGAAUACGGAGAUUCGGCUCGUGCAUACUUCAUAA